CGGCGCGUACACUACGCUAUGGCGUCCGUCGCCGCGUGGCUCCCCUUCGCCCGCGCCGCGGCCAUCGGCUGGGUACCCAUCGCCACGCACCCUCUCCCCCCACCCCCCGUGCCCAAGGACAGGCGCCGAGCUGAAGACGAGAAACUCCUCAUCAACGUCUCCGGACGGCGAUUCGAAACUUGGAGGAACACCCUCGAAAAGUACCCCGACUCGCUCCUUGGCUCCUCUGAGAGAGAAUUCUUCUAUGACGAAGACAGCAGAGAGUACUUCUUCGACAGGGACCCUGACAUCUUCAGGCACAUCCUCAACUAUUACAGAACUGGGAAACUCCAUUACCCUAAACACGAAUGCUUGACGGGCUACGAUGAAGAGUUAGCGUUCUUCGGUAUCCUUCCUGAUGUGAUCGGUGACUGUUGUUACGAGGAUUAUAGGGAUCGCAAGAGGGAAAAUGCCGAACGGCUCAUGGACGAUAAGCUCAGUGAAGCGGGGGACCAGAGUCUCCCGCAGCUCACGGAUCUGCGGCAGAAGAUGUGGCGAGCGUUCGAAAACCCUCACACGUCGACUGCCGCCUUAGUAUUUUACUAUGUGACUGGAUUUUUCAUUGCCGUCUCGGUGAUGGCAAACGUUGUGGAGACGGUUCCUUGCGGACACAGGCCGGGCCGAGCGGGGACCUUGCCUUGUGGGGAGCGGUACAAAAUAGUCUUCUUCUGCUUAGAUACAGCUUGUGUGAUGAUCUUCACGGCUGAAUACCUACUUCGGCUGUUCGCGGCGCCGGACCGCUGCAAGUUCGUCCGCUCCGUCAUGUCCAUCAUUGAUGUGGUCGCAAUCCUUCCGUAUUACAUCGGAUUGGGUAUCACUGAUAACGAUGAUGUGUCAGGAGCGUUCGUCACCUUGCGAGUGUUUCGUGUGUUCCGCAUCUUCAAGUUCUCCCGUCACUCCCAGGGACUGAGGAUCCUCGGAUAUACCCUCAAAUCGUGCGCCAGUGAGCUGGGUUUCCUAGUGUUCUCCCUCGCCAUGGCGAUCAUCAUCUUCGCGACUGUCAUGUUCUACGCGGAGAAGAAUGAGCAAGACACAAACUUCACAUCCAUUCCUGCUGCCUUUUGGUACACCAUCGUGACCAUGACGACCCUGGGUUACGGCGACAUGGUCCCAGGGACGAUUGCUGGUAAAAUUGUGGGGGGAGUAUGCUCCUUAUCCGGGGUGUUGGUGAUCGCCCUGCCCGUGCCGGUCAUCGUCUCCAACUUCUCCAGGAUCUACCACCAGAACCAGAGGGCGGACAAGCGGAAGGCUCAAAGAAAAGCCCGUCUCGCUCGCAUCCGUAUCGCUAAAGCCUCAUCCGGCGCAGCGUUUGUGUCCAAAAAGAAAGCGGCCGAAGCGCGUCUGGCUGCGCAGGAGUCGGGCGUGGAGCUUGACGACGCCGGCAGGGAUGAGGAUAUUUUCGAGUUGCAGCAUCACCAUCUGCUGAGGUGCUUGGAGCGUACCACGUUUCCGAUGUCCCCACGCGAAGCAGUCGUGGAUAUAGAUCGUGAAUUCGUGGAGAUGGAGAAUCCGUACAACGGGGCGGCCAAGAGGCCAGGGUCUCCCUCCCCGCUCGCGUCGCCCGCGCACUCGGGACGUGCGCCCGCGCUGCUGGCGUGCUGCGCAAGGUGCGGCUGCUGCCCGCAAAAAUAUCAGGUCCUGCUUUUAGAUUCGAGUAGAAAGGGACGGAUGAAGGGCGCCCGCCGGUACACCGCGACUUCUCGGCCCUCUGAUACUUCCGUGUCCGCCGCCCCGAGCGAAGAUCCGUUGCCCCAAGCAUGCGGUAAAUACAUUCCUGCUGGGAGCACGGUUCAAGGGAACCAAACUGGUGUUGCAAUGGAUGGGACAUAUUUAGUGGAAGCUUCUUUCUAGGGUCCAUCCACAUCCGAGAGCUACGUCUAGUGAAAACGGACACAGUGACAAAACAACAAUUAUUAGGAUAUCUGUGUAAAUGUCUUGUAAGUCUAACAUGAUACUGCCUAACUAUAUCAGAUUUGUAUUUGGAUAGAUAGACUCCGGGAUUUGGUCGUGUAUAAAUUCUAUUUUUAGAAAUGGUGGAAAUAUAAAUUAUAUUUCCGCUGUGAAUAUUAUGAUUGUUAUUUAAUUUUUCUGCAAAAGGUCUUAUAAAAAUGAUUGUAAGAAUUAUUUAAAUGUGGAAAUAUUUCUGACUAUUUCUAAAAUAGAAAUUUUAGUUCCUACAUAAUCUUCUUAGGAGUCUUCGUUGCCAGAGCAUGGUCCUGUUUGAGCCCCACGGAGCAGUAAACUAGAUUCAAGACAAUCAAAUUUCUAAGCGUGGACGAGUUGUAUUUCGUUUUGAGGUGUAGAAAUUUCACAAAAGAUAUCAUAUAAUUUGACAGUCUGAUAUUUUCUUUUUGUAAUGAUAAUGUUUUUGUGGUGGUACUGAUUUUUAUUAAAAAUAUUGUUUAUGGUUCCCGGCAGUGCCGUGUGGUUCCCGGCAACAGUUCAAAAGUUUAGGACCACUCCAUCUCUUUCCCAUGGAUGUUGUAAAAAGCUUCAAGGGAUAGGCUUAUACAUUUGGGAUUAUUUUUAUAGGCGAUGAGCUAGCAACCUGUCACUUUUUCCAUCUCAAUUCUAUUAUUAAGCCUAACAGCUGAACGUGGCCUGUCAGUUUUUGCUGGCUCUGCUACCCCGCAAGGGAUAUGGACGUGAUUAUAUGAAUAAAUCAAUAUUAUUUUAACAGUUUUCGAGUAAUUAUUUUUUAAAAUAUUCCAUUAGAAAUACUACUUGUCCACGCCUUCUGAUAUAAUUAAGAUUGUGUUAGAACUGAAAAUGUUCAGUAGGUGUCAUUUCCAGUAUUGUAAAGUGGAACAGUAUUAAGAGGUAAUGUGGAAGAGUUUCUUUGGGCACAACUAUUAUGUCUAUUUCUUAUAUUUAUAAGAAUGUUUAGGAAAAUAAAAUAAAACUAAAAUAUGUCACUGACCUUAAAAAGAAACUAUGUUUUAGGUACACAAAGAGAAAUUUAUAGACAAUUUAAUUGUGCCCAAAUGCUAUUUUGAGAGGCAUUUUAGGAAAGACAGUAAUGGAUUCACUUCAUAGGCAAUAGUUAUUCGAAUCAUAUCAAUAGUAGGCAGAUAAUCUAAUAUUGUUAGGAACAAAAUUAUAAUGUGUACCUUUUCCCUUAGUUAGGGCUGAAAUUGUAAACAAUAUUAGGUUUAAAGUCCCAUUAGGCAGAUAGUUUUAUUUCCAAAAAGAAGUAAUUCCAAAACAUUGUGCUUAAAGAAUAUAAACUUUCAUGUUCACUGUCAAAAAAAUUCGCUGGUUUGAAAUUAAUCUAAUGAUUUUCCAUUUUCGAAAAUUGGACUCAUAUAGUGUACGAAACGAAUUAUUUUAAAAUAAGAAUAAGGACUAAUAACUUAUAAACUGUUAUUAAAUCUGAGAAUCUUUUUUUUUACUAGUUCCAAAAUAUUUUAUUCUUUAUUCCGAAAAUAGAAUAAAUUACAAGUAGUUUUAAAUAAAAAAGAAUAUCGUGUAAAUUGAUGUAAUAAUUUGACUUAAUUCAUUCAAAAUAAAUAUACGACUAUAUUGUAAUAAGGUUUUAUUAUUAUUACGAAGCUCAAGGAAAUUUUUAAUAUUUCCUUAGGAUUUAAUUUAAAUGAUUGUUUACAUUUUUGGCAAUUUCUAAUGGAACGGAUUUUUGAUUAUGCUCAUUUUUUAUUGAGGAUGUGACGUCACAUGUCCCUAAUUUUGUGGUGUUUUCUUUAAAUUCACUAGGACUCUAGUGCCUUCGAGGUGGUUUUCAAGUGAUUAUUUAAAAAUCUCCAUGUUAGUGAAAACAAGGAGAUAUGUGGAGACGUUGUUGCUCUGAUAGUGGCCAGAAAUAUCUGAUGUUUGGCAAACAAUAAGGAGCUAAUGUUACUCGUAUUAUAUAUUUUUUUCAUAAAUCGACACAAAUUCCUGAAAAUAUAAAAACACUAUUUUUUACAUAUUUCAUUGUAGUUUUUUUUAUAAGCAGUAGAAAAAAUUGUAACUUGAAUACAAAAUCAAAAUUUGAUGCUCACAUCAAGGUAUGAUGACAUCAGUUAUUCAUUCAAUUCUGAAAGAAGUAAAUCAAUUAAAUAAAUAAGUACCUAUACAGUUUGAGUUAGCCUCGAAGUAAGUUCGAAACUUUAGUAACGAGACACUAACUAAACGAUGCUACAUACAUAUAUUUAAUAAUAAAUACUUAUAUAGAUAAACAUCCAAGACCCAGGCUAAUCCCAGACAGUUCGUUUCUCAUCAUGCCCCGGCCGGGAUUCGAAAAUUAAUGUCGAUUUAUGAAAAAACAAAAAUGUAAAAUUAAAUUCUGCCAACGUGCAAUGAAUAAAAAACAAUGAAACUUCGUGACAUCCCAUUCGGAUGUAUUUAUUCGGUAGAUCCCCCCAGAUCGAAUAGUUGUAUAAAUAGUUAUGGACGUCUUAUGAAUGCAAUAGUUUGAAAUGUUAUAGAUAGAUGAAUUUAUGUAGUUAUUUAGAUAUUUAUUACGUUACAUUAUAGUUGUAAGGGACGGUGUAGAAAAGAGGUCUGCUUAAAUUACACUGCACACAUAAAUUUGAAAAUGUUUUGAGUUGUAGGUAUUUGGUUUAAUUUGCUAUUAGAUAUUUUUUUAAAAAAUUGUUAAUUAAAAAGACAUUUAUAAUGUUCACUAUUUCGUUAUAAUUAUAUUAUAAAAAAUAAAUAUAUUAUUAUUUUUCAUUAUAUAUAUUUUUAUCUGUUAUAUUUUUUAUUAACAAAAAAUUUCUUUAUUUUUAUUAAAAUAAUUUUCAAAUUUUUGUGUGGACAUGUGUAACGGAAAACCUCUUAGCGUGUGUGUAUAUUUAUUGCAUUGGAUGCAUGAAACUUAAAGGUGGUAAUAAUUAGGGUACGUUCAUACCUAGUAGUUGUUAAACCGAAUUCGAUGUUAAAAAUCUCUUCCAAAAUAUUGCCACUGUCUCUAGAGCGAAGAUAAAGCGAUGUAAUAUUCAAAUAAAUUUGGUAAUUAUAUUGAGGAAUUAUAAUAUUUAAAAGUCGAAUUAACGUCUUAAUGUAUUUCAAUCUGGUAAAGUCUUAAAAAUAAAAGUUUUUUAAAAAGACACAGGUGCGUUGCAAUAAUUUGGAGAAUUCUCAACAAUUUUCGAUUACCUUAUGGAUAUAAAGUAAAAAAAAAAAAUUUUUUUUUAGAGAAAGUUUUAUUUUGAAAAAAAAAAAGUAUUUUUAAUAGUUUAAGCUUCAGUUACCAGUGUUUUUAAGGACAUAAGUUUUAAUAAUUAUUAUCUGUUAUGACGCAUCUGUGUUUUAUUUGUAUAUUUCCUAAUUUUCUUUGUGUAAUAUUAAAUUAAUAAGAUAAUGUAAUUUCUUAUCCUUACCCUGUGAUCUAUGGCUGUUUUUUUAUAUUCAGUUGUAUUUGUCUAAGGUCUAUUUAGUAGCAGUUUAUUGUAUAAUAUUCUAAUAAUAUAUGUUAAUAUUUCUGUUAAGUUUUCAUUUAUUUUAUAAUAUACAGAAUUAUGAAUAGUACCUACUGAAAUACCUACAGAACAGACGCUCACAUACUCAGAAAAUAAAAAAAGGGCACCAAGAGUAAAAAAGUUACACAUUAUUGUAGGAUUUAAAAGUGAAACUCAUAUUGUUCUUAAUUUAAUUGAUAUGAUUAAAUGCGAAAGUUUGUGUGCAUAAUGGAUCUUUUGCAUUAAAUAUAUCAAUAUGAUGAUUUGAGUCACUAAGAUAUCGAAAUCAUUUUGUUGGUGUGGAGUGUCCGUACUGUAAUUUUAAAAACAAUAAGUAAAGAAAUCAUAUAACCACGGAAAUCUGAAUAGUAAGUAAGUAUUAUUCAAAUUUCUGUGUGUAUAACUUAUUAAAAUUAUUAUUGUUAAUUAUUAAAGUCAGAAUGCAAAGUUCUAAAAAUGCAAUAAACAGAGUCAUGGUUGACAUGACUCUGUUUGUUCAUGACGUUUGUAACAUUUGCAUUCUUCUGACAUUUCCAUUUAAAACUUCAAAUAUUAUUAUAUGAAAUUCAACAAAAUAACUUAAUCUUAGCAGGUUAGGAACAACAUGGAAGACCUUAAAUUCUAUAUCUUUAAUUUAUUAUUAGAUAUAAAUUAGUCCAUGUUGGAUUCCAUAAAUUUUAUUUAUAAAUAAAACAGAUAUUAAAUGCACACGUAACGCUAUACCUCUAUUAUUUAUAAAUAGUAUAGCACCGUGAACGUUUAUAUUUUUCAUAAAUUUUAAUAACAUAAUAAGAAUAUUGAAUCUUUUUGUCUUAAUAUUCUAAUACGUGGAACAGAAAUAAGUAAUUUCGUUGAAUUUCAUUGCAAAACUGCUACGUUACAAUUAAAUAGGCCUAACUCUGUUAUGUUUAAAAUGUUUAUCCCUUUUUAUCUUUUGUGGGAAUCGAGGUGCCACAGGUUAAAAAUAUACGUUGGUAAUUGCUUAAUUAAUUUACUUACUAUGAGCGAGACAAACAGUAACAGUAAAUAAUAGAGCAGUUUGCUAGUACAAUGCCUAAUUUGUAACAUAUUUUCUAUAAAAAUAUACAUAUAUACAUACACGACUUUUACCCGGAGGGGUAGGCACAUUUACCUACAUCUUUCCAAUUGCCACGAUCUAUGCAUAGGUACUUCUUUCGCUUCGUCCACAUUCAUAACCCUUUUCAUGCAAGUUAAGCGAUUUCGGGUACUCUUGACCUGACCUUUUGCCAGAACGUCCUUAAUUUGAUCAAGGUACGUUCACCUAGAUUUCACACUCCUUGUAUAUUUGCUUUGUCAACCUGCUUUCAUUUAUCUUCUCACAUGACCAAACCAUCUAUAAUUAUAUACGGGACAAAUAUACGUAUAUCUAUAAUGACUAUAAGGAAUUUGGUAUUUAAUUAUUCUAAUCAAUAAAAAACAGAAUCAUUGGGUACUGAAGACAGAAAUUUGAAUAAUUAUUCAGAUUUAUGUAGAACAUUCAUGAAGCGCAAAAAAAAAUACUAGCACGGAGGAUAAAAAUUUUGGAAAUGUGUAUUUUUAAUCUGUGGUGAAAUAAGGGUGUUCUGAAGACUGUGUUUUUGUGCGAUUCGGAAACUGUCGUGAAUCCUAUGUGCGUUGUUGGACCAAUCAAAACAUACUGUAAAAUCAUGAAAGUACAUAAAAUCUCGGAGCCAAACUCCUUAUUCAAAAAUUCAGAAUGAUCCAAUUGACAAUUUUUACGCUCCAUCUUUUUCUAAUAGGCUAUUACACUCUUUUUUGAAAACUGUUUUAAAUCAAUCCUGAGACUGUGUUAUACCUAUAGAAUUUUUAUUAAAAUUUUUUGAAGCCGAAAAGUGCUCUAAAAACGUUUUAUUAUUUAUGAUUUUGUAUUUUCGCGCGAAAACGCCAUCCGCCAUGCUGUUUUGACUCGUGACGUCAUACUUUUAGUAAACAAUACGGCUCUACGUAAGACUAAAGUAAAAAGAUUUUUGUAAUAAUGAAUUACAAUACAUAUUGUUGGUGUCUUGUUCCUGAAUGCAAGAAUACAAGUAUAAAAACACCAGAAAAAUUGUGGAUUCCACUGCCAAGUGAUAUUAAAAUGAGAAACACUUGGUUGAAAUUAGCAAGAAGAGAU